AUGCAAUCGGUCAAUAGACAAUUGCAUGAGAUUCCAAUGGGCGAGCAUUUCUUCCCUCAACAGGCUUCGCAGCCCCAGCAACCUCCUGGGAUUGGGCCACAGUCGUUUUCACCGCAAAUGAUGCAAGGCCGCUUGCACCAACAACAGCAGCAGCAACAGAGCGGCUUGGGUCAGGAUAUGCAUGGAUUGGAAAGUAAUCCAGGUCUUCAGAACGUAUAUUUGCUCAAACAGAAAAUGGAAGCAGCGAACGCUGCGUUUGGGCCUCAGCAACUGGCGCAACGGCAGGUGCAAGGGCAAGUACAACCACAACAAGUGCUAAACAACGGCCGGAACACGAUGGGCGGCUCACUGGGCUCGCUGGGCUCCGUGGGUGGUCUCCCACCAGGCGUGGGGCUGGUGCAGCAGACGGGGGCUGGGCUGGGACCGUCCACGGGCGCGCUGCUUCCGCACCCAGGGCUUGCAGGCUCGUUUGCAUUGCCCCCUCCGAACCAGUUUAUGAUGCGUGACGUGUGGAGUAACAACCUGCAUGCCGAGUUCGCGCAAAUUAGAAAGCUCGUGGGUCAGUACAAUGUGGUGGCUAUCAGCACGGAGUUCGUCGGCACCAUUGCUAGGCCAAUGGGCAACUUUCGGUCUAAAAAUGACUACCACUACCAGACCAUGCGUUCUAAUGUAGACCUAUUGAAUCCAGUGCAGGUGGGUCUUUCCAUCAGCGAUGCACGCGGUAACAAGCCCGAAAGCGGACCAUCGACGUGGCAGUUCAAUUUCCAUUUUGACGUCACGCAAGAAAUGGUUUCUGCUGAGUCUUUGGAGCUCCUCAAAAAAUCGGGCAUCAACUUUGAGCGGCAUCAAAAUCUGGGCGUCACGGCGUUCGAGUUCGCUCAGUUAUUGACAGAUUCGGGCCUGAUAUCGAGCGACGUCACCUGGGUCAGUUACCAUGCAGCCUACGACUUUGGAUUUCUGGUUAAUAUGCUCAUGAACAGUGCAAUGCCCAACAACAAGGAAGACUAUGUCUGGUGGGUCCAGCAAUUCAUGACCAACUUUUACGACCUCAACCUCAUAAAUAAGUUUGCACAACUACAACUUCAGCAGGGCCAAAAACAGAAUCCUACACCGCAACAACAGCCAACACUGGAGGCCAUGGCCGAUGAGAUCGGAAUCCCACGUUUCCCGCUUUUCUCUUCGACGGCAGGCCAAAGUUUGCUGGCUUUACUGACAUUCACGCAUUUAUUUCAACUUCGCAUUCCUCAUCCACAGUUGGGGCCCAAUUUGACCAGGUGCAAGAACAUGAUAUAUGGAAUCACCAACGAAUAG